UUAUCUCAGGGACCCGAGCACCCCAGCUCUGGGUAUCCACAGGGGGUCCUGGAACCAACCCCCCUGGGACAACUGUAAUGUUGUGAAAAAACUGGUGCGGGAAGAGGGGAGGCCGCCGCAGCGUGGGCCAACUGAGGAGGAGCUGUGCCCAGGGCAGUAGCUGAGGGCAGCUGGGCUGGGGAGGAGGAAGGAGGUGGCUUUGUUCCAACAGUCACAGAAAUGCUGCUCCCUCCUCGUCCGCCUGCCUCCCUUCCUUUUUCCUCCCCCCUCGGCUCCCUUCCUUCCUCCCUCCUCCCUGCUGAGGGCGAGGCCUUCCUCUUGGGUGCUAGCCAGGGACACGGGUCAGUGCCCGGCUGAAAGGAAGACCCACGCGAUCCUCAGUGCCCUGGCCUUGUGAUGCGGACACCCAGAGUCCGGUGACCUUCCUGGGGUGCUGUCUGCUCCAACACUCGCCCCAUAGCUUGUCCCGCCUUCCUCCUCCUCCAGCCUUUCCUGCAGGAAGUGGGGCCACAGGGAAGCCCCUCAGGGAGGAAGACAGUGGCUCCAGGUCUGCCUGGGGCCCUUCCAGCUGGUCUCCUGGGCACAUACCAACCACGUCAGCUUCGGUUUCCAACGGGUGGGCAGCUUUGGACAGCGGCUGUCUGCGAGGACGUAAAGACCAGGGAGCAGGGACACAGGAAUGCGGGUGACGUACCGGGACAGCCACGUCCUUCUCUGUGUCUCUCCUCCCCAGCAUGAGCACAGCGGCCCACUGGAGCAGGAUUUUCAAAUGUUGGAGCUGCAAGGAGCAACCACAGCCCCUCUCCACCAUGUGCGGGCGCCGGAGGUAAAAGGCGUGUUCCAGCUAUAGGUAGGUAGACGGCAGAGCCAGACUGAAAUUCUCUCCUCCGGACACGGACUCCUGAGCUCUUCUUUGGUAACAUUUUGCCUGAUGAGACCAUGAGUUCUGCAUCUUUCGAAAUUUCUUGUGGAGUCUAGUACUGUUCUCUGAACGUGGAGCCAGAAUCAACUGACCUUUGUCCUUGGGCCGAGACCUAGUCUGUGGGCCCAGUCCAGCCCGCAAAGGGAGAGCAGGGCCGAGCCCUCACUCUCUGAAGUGGACAACCUCAUCUCCCACUGCAGGCCUGCCAGGGCCCGGGGGAGCUCGACCCGCUCAGGCACACCGCUGCAGCGGAGAUGGCUCUGGACGCCGAGGUGUGGAAGCAGGUGUUCCAGGAACUAAUCCAGGAGGUGAAGCCAUGGCACAGAUGGACCCUGACACCAGACAAGGGCCUUCUUCCCGACGUCCUAAAGCCAGGGUGGAUGCAAUACCAGCAGUGGGUCUUCGCCAGGUUCCAGUGUUCCUCCUGCUCCCGCAGCUGGGCCUCCGCCCAAGUCCAGGUCCUCUUCCACAUGCACUGGAGCGAGGAGAAGUCCCGGGGCCAGGUGAAGAUGAGGGUGUUUGCUCAGAGGUGUAAGAAGUGCUCCCAGCCUCCAUUUGAGGUUCCUGAGUUCACACUAGAGAACAUCUCAAGGAUCCUGAACAACUUGGUGCUCCGGAUUCUGAAGAAAUGCUACAGAGAAAGAUUUAAGUCGAUGGAGGAGAUUCCCAUGAUCAAGGAAGUGUCUCUCGAAGGGCCGCACGACAGAGACAACUGCGAGGCGUGUCUGCAGGGAUGCUGUGCCGAGGGCUGGCUGGGCCCUGCCGAGGGCGGGCUGGGCCCUGCCGAGGGCUGGCUGGGCCUUGCCAAGGGCUGGCUGGGCCCUGCCGAGGAGCCGCCAGAGCCCCGGUCACCGCCCCCGCCCCCGCCCCUGCUCCUGCCCCUGCCCCUGGAGACAGGAAGGUUGCAGCCCGUGGUGGCCUCCCUGUUCGCAGAGCCCACGCAGGCGAUGAGCCUCCCCACUUCCUGGAUCCCCAGAGCAAAUGCCACCUGCCCCUCCGGUGAGCACUUCUCCUCCUACGCACCCCGGAGCCACACGCGCAGGAACAUAGUAGGCACCUGCUGCUGCCUCCUCCUCCUCAUCGUGGUGGUGGUGGUGAUUAUCAAAACCCUGUGAGCCUGGAAAACUUGACGCUGAGUAAAAAAAAAAAAAAA